GGUUGUCAUCAUUGCGUAUACUUGCUCUUUCGGGCCUCUGAGUGGAGAGUUCAGAUACACUGCAUAAUCUCAUAUCUACAUGAUCACCGGCCAUGAUAUACUUCGUGAUAUACACCUUGACCACUUGAGAUGUCUUAAAAACAGAGAGAUCAUCGCAAUGGUUACCUGGCCAAACAAAUAGUGCCUUCUGUCGUCUGCUACGGUCAAAAGGUUAAAGUCGAACUCUCUCCCACAAUAGUUGCUUUUCAUCGUCUAUUCCGCGCUUUAUAUUUGUGUUUUGUUUCGCGAUGGAGCACACCAAUGAUCAACGAGAUGGACUAGACACACGCGCUGUUCCAGGGACCAUUCACUUGGUAGAUCUCGAGGGUGUGAUGAGGGGGCAGCAUGCAUCUGCAUCUCAAUUACAAGAUGUUGUACUUGUUCCAUCGCCAUCCAGCGAUCCAGACGAUCCGCUAAACUGGACGCCAAAACGGAAGAUGUUAUCAACAGCAUGCAUGUCCAUGUAUACUUUGAUGGUUGGAAUAGCAUCUGCCGCAGUUUACAGUGUAUUGGAGCCCAUAAGUGAGGACACGGGCUUAACAGUCGAUCAGUUAAACGCCGGCACGGGCUACAUGUUUUUGUUCUUCGGAUGGGGAACUUUGAUCGCCCAGCCUAUAGCGCUACAAUACGGCAAAAGGCCGGUGUAUCUAUUUUCUAUGCUAGCAACUCUGGGUACCAUGCUAUGGGUGCCGUAUGCUACAUCCAAUUCUGCCUGGAUUGGAAGUAAGAUUCUACAAGGUGCUGUCGGAGCCCCUGUCGAAUCACUAUGCGAAAUUUCGAUUACAGAUAUUUAUUUUGCCCACGAAAGAGGUUCUUAUAUGGGAUUAUAUGCUUUUAUGCUGGCUGGAAGUAACUUUUUAGCUCCAAUACUUGCUGGCUUUAUUAAUGACGGACAAGGAUGGAGAUGGGUGAUGUAUUGGUGUGCUAUCUUUCUAGCCAUCGGAUUUGUAUUCUGCUUCUUUCUUAUGGAGGAGACAAAUUACGAUAGAGCACCUCUCGAAAAGACAACGUCCGGAGAUAACACACCUGGAGUAGCCACGCCAAAAGAAGGAGUUCUCCAAGAGAAGUCUUCCGCUUCUUCAAAGCCACGUGAUCCUGAGAAAGGUACCUCUGUCGACGUCUCAAGAGCAGCAAAUCAGAAUACUGAACUCGGAGCCGUGCAUUAUAAGCCGAAGACAUAUGUCCAAAAGUUGUCUUUGAAGGAUAAGAAAAGAGAUUUCAGACUUUUCCGGAUGAUGAUUAGACCUCUUAUAUUCAUGUCUCUGCCAUCAAUUGCCUACGCUGGAUUCUCGUAUGGCAGUAAUUUGAUCUGGUUCAAUGUCCUCAAUGGGACUGCCUCCUUGAUUUUGAGUGCUCCACCGUAUAACUUUUCAUCUUCCAUGGUCGGGUUAUCUUAUGUUUCUCCCUUACUUGGGGUAGCUUGUGCUUCCUUUUAUUCUGGAGUCAUAGGCGACAAAGUUGUAUUAUGGUUCGCCCGCCGCAACAAGGGCGUUCUGGAAGCAGAGCACCGCCUUUGGCUUUUCUCAGUAUCCAUAAUUCUCAUACCUGCCUCUUUGAUCCUUUGGGGUGUCGGAGCAGCCCAUCACAUACAUUGGUUUGGGCUCAUAUUUGCCAUGUUCCUUAUUGCCGGCUCAAACGCUAUUGGCCUUCAAUUGUCUGUUUCGUACUGUAUUGAUUCUUAUAAAGACCUGAGUGGCGAAGCCAUGGCUACUGUAAUUAUUAUCCGAAAUACAAUGAGCUUUGCAAUGGGCUACGGCAUCACACCUUGGGUUACUAAUAUGGGCUAUCAAAAUGCUUUUAUUGUGGCUGCCUUUGCUGGUCUCGCUCAGGUCCUUACUUUCUUUGCGGUGGUGAAAUGGGGCAAGAGUUGGAGAAAUAACACAAAGGGAAGAUAUUACAAAUACGUGAAGGAAAAUGAGAUUUUAGGAGUCACGCACUAGGAGGAUUAGAAGUACUGGUAGGGAGAGAAAUGUGAACGAGAUCUUGCCUGUCCUCCUGCCCGUCACAUUUCCUCAAAGUCUGGAAUCGACCGAGGCUUCGAGAGACAUGUGGCAAUAAAGGAUGGGCUCAUCACAACACACGCAGUACAUUGAAUAUAUCUUAUUAAUUUCAACCUUGGCACUGGACACCAAUGUCCAGCUGCCACAUCGAAAAUGAACAUUAUCGUCCGCUUGACAGAUAUAUAUGUGGUAUCAUGUGAGUCUGGACUGAAUGCGCUCUCCAACAUCAAUAUUUAAGCUGCGCGUCUAAGAAAACACGAGAUAGAACUUUACACGACGUCUCUGUCCUCGCGCGUCAGGGAAUACGGUGCUGGAUUCGGGAUCUCGGAUCUUAUAGGCAUUAUAUUAAGUGGUGAGACUCGUCCGAACUCAGCUCUAGCUCAGUUGCACGAGACCUAACUGCAGGAUAUUUGACGAUCUCGAGGGGAAACAAGACGCUAAUAAUAGUUAUCAUCGGAAGAAUAAUGAAUCGAAAGGUGCAACGGCUGAAUCCAUCCGCUACCUUAUCA